ACAUUUUCAUCUGGCUGUUAAGAACAGUUGGACUGUGUUAUUGUUUGUCUUAAAGCGGGAGAACAUUAAACAAUAAUUGUGCGGAAAUUAAAUUUAAAUAAGAUGCCUGAUACUCUGGAGGACUCGGAUCCUUCUACAAUAUCAUGCAUAUGCGUGGAAGGGCAUGCCAAUGCGCUGGCAUUGAAUAAGGAUCACAACCAAAUUGCAGUGGCCGGGCGAAGCUUGCUUAAGGUUUAUUCAUUUGACAACGAUGGCUUCACCGAAGUGUGUAAUAUGCGCGGCAAAAACCAAAAUCUCAGCUAUUCGGCCAACGAUGUGGCAUGGAGUACACUGGAUAACAAUAUAUUAGCCACUGCGGCAACCAAUGGCGUCGUCUCCAUUUGGGAUUUGUCCAAAUUCGGACGACAAAAACAGUCGCUCGUCUACAAUGAACACGAACGCACCGCACACACUGUCACCUUUCACAGCAGCGAACCCAAUAUAUUAAUAUCUGGGUCACAGGAUGGCACCAUCAAGUGCUUUGAUAUUCGCUCCGAUAAGUCGGUGAACACAUAUUUCAGCAACUCCGAGUCGGUGCGCGAUUUGAAGUUCUCGCCACACUCACAGAAUGUGUUCUCCGCCGUCUCCGAGAACGGAACCGUUCAGUUGUGGGACAUGCGCAAGUGUGACAAGUGCAUGGUGCAGUUUACGGCGCACAGUGGUCCGAUUUACACUUGUGAUUGGCAUCCCACUCGGAAUUGGCUGGCCACCGGCAGUCGGGACAAACAGAUCAAGGUGUGGAACAUGGAUGGACGCGCCAGUCUCGAAUAUACCAUUCACACCAUCGCUGUCGUGAGUCGGGUCAAGUGGAGACCCGAGCGCACUUACCACAUUGCUAGCUGUGCGCUCGUUGUGGAUUACAGCGUCCAUGUGUGGGACAUACGACGUCCUUAUAUACCAUUUGCCUCAUUUAAUGAGCACACAAAUGUCACCACGGGUAUUGCGUGGCAAGGCAGCGAUUCGCAUUGUUUACUCUCUACUGGCAAGGAUUCCAUCAUUUAUAAGCAUGCGUUUAAGGAUGCCACGCGACCAGCAUUGAAAGCGAAUGCUCAGGGUGCCAGUUUGGGCAGAAACGGCGACAUUUCGUUUGCUAACAAAAUCAAGGAAUAUGCCACGAAAUCAAGCGGCGCAUCCAAUACCAAAACCACCAACUUCAUAAGUCGCCGAAAAUCUAAUCAGCCCGGCAACAUGCAAUUCCAUCUGGACCAUUCCAAGAUGUACAUGUUUAUGCUCAAGAAUAUGAAUAUGGAUUCGGGUACUGGCUAUCCGGCUCACGAUACCACAACUGAGUUGCGGGUGCAUGAAUGCUUCAUUGGCUGCGCCAAAGAGCUGCUGUUAAGCGGCAAGAAGCUGGCUGAGCUGUGCGAGCACAACGCCAAUGUAUCCAAGAAAUACGGCAAACAUAAUGCCACCACAUUGUGGAAUUUUGUUAAGCUUUUCUAUGGCAGCAAUCACUUUGAGCAACCCUUCGAGCACCGCUCGUCGUUCUCCAACCAAAAGAAUCCCAUGAGUUCGCGCCGUGCCACACAAGUUGCCAGCGAUUGGGCGCCACAUGAAAUGGGCCAAGACUUAAAUGGCAACAGCCAAGAGGUGGCACAUGAAACAGCGGAUGCCAGCGAAGAUGGCGAUGAGCUUGGCGGCGGUGGCAAACAGCAACCACCUCCGACCAGUUCAGUGAUACUCUCCGAGACGCAAAUCAUCAGCGAGAUUACGUUUGAUAACUUUGAACUGUUGCGCAAUGGCUUUAUUUACGUGGGUCCGGCGGAUGUAACCAAAGCAUUAGCCUUGCCUGACACGGCGCUGCAUCAUGAUGUGCAAGCAGCGCGUCCGCAGCUGGACUUGAAGGCAUCCGAUCAUGAGAAAUCGCCGCCGCCGCAUGUGCCCAGCAUUUUGAAAGUGAGUCAUGUGCCACCGAUACCCAUGUGGGAGCCACAUCAAUUUGUGGCCGAUGCUCUGAUGCUGCAGAACGAUGUGGGCGAUGUGCAAACCGCUUUAAUUGUGCUCAUUGUAUUGGGAGAGGCACGCAAGUUGCUACCAAUUGAAGAUGCCGUUGUGGAACACUGGUUUCACACCUAUGUGGAUCAGCUGCAUCGUUACGAGCUGUGGAACGAAGCCUGCGAGGUGAUCAACCGUGCCUGGGUGCGUUCAGUGCGUCAGCUAAAUCAACACUCCACUGUGAUGCACACGAAUUGUGGCGAAUGUGGUCGACCCCUUGGUGGCAAUGUUGGCUGGUAUUGCGAUAAAUGCAAGUCGAUGCAGUCGGCCAAAUGCAGCGUCUGUGGCCUAAUUGUGCGUGGCGUGUACGCCUGGUGUCAGGGCUGUUCCCAUGGCGGACACAUUGAGCAUUUGCAGCAGUACUUUGCGAAGCAUUCAAAGUGUCCCAAAUGCGGACACUUGUGUUCGUAUUCGUGACAUGUGGAUGAACCAUAAAUCCAUUCUUAAUUGUAAUUUAUAGCAAAAUAAUCAAGAUUGUAUAUAAAGCAAAAAUGUGUUAGCCAUAGAAUUGUUGUUUUAAAAAUUACUGUAUAUAUUUAUUUACAUGCAAAACGUACACAUAUACAUAUAUCUGUAGAUUGUUAAAAGCUACUUGAUGAACGUACUCUUGAAGGGCAUUAUAACAACAACCUUUAUCGCAUAUUCAGUAGCAGAAAGGAGAGAAAAAAUUAUAAAAUUGAGAGUUCUGUAAGAUUCAAAAAUAGAAUACAACCAUAUUGCGGUUGCCUUAGCCAUCUAACUAAUUGUAUGUCCUUAUGGGUGGAGUUGUUAGGAUACCAACCAUAAAGGACACCACCGCCUGCCA